UGACAAUCGAAGAAUGAUUGUUCAAGGCAUUUACAUAUACUGAGUAUCAUUAGCCAGCACUAAUUGACCAAACAACCAUAUGAUUGUGGUCUCCCUAAAGAUGUCCCCUGGAAAACUCUUUCUCCUCAUCCUCUUUAUCUUCACGGUCCUUCUGAAGCCAAGUCUAGCUGCUCGAUACCGGAUCAUCGACAGGGGACUCCUCAGGGAGCACCGCUACUUGACCGAGAUAGGGUACACCUAUUCCGGGCGCAUCCUUAUAGAAGCCAGUGAGUUUGUCCUGGAAACUUUCCAUCAGAAGCCAUAUGAGGGCAGGAACUACGACCAUGUGAUCCUGACCUUCAAGAGCUUCUCGGCCGACAAGAUAAGCAGCGCAAGCACUUCGGGCAACAACAUCCGGAUCAACACAGACUACUUGCAGGUCUAUACGGGUGACUUGAAAGAGGAGUUUGCUGGGAUCCUCUACCAUGAGAGCACACGAGUUUGGCAGUGGAACAGCAAUGGAACUGCCCCUGAAGGAUUGAUCAGUGGGGUUGCAGACUAUGUUAGACUGAAGGCCGGGAAGCCCGCCAAAGGGUGGCCGGGGAGGGGAUCAGGCUGGAGGUGGGAUGAGGGGCAUGCCGUCACAGCUUACUUUCUCGAGUACUGUGAAGGGCUCAGAACAGGCUUCAUUGCGGACCUCAAUGCUAAGUUGAGAGGCUCCUAUAGUGAUGACUUUUUUGUAGACUUGCUAGGGAACAGUGUGUAUGGAUUGUGGAGUGAUUACAAAUUAUCACAUAAGACUCAGAGGAUCCAACCAGUCAGUGGCAGCGGCUUUCUCGCUGAAUCAGAUUACAAUCGGAAAAUCUUGAAGAGCCAGUUUCGAGUUGAGUUCAACGGGGUCCUGGAAAUUACGUGGAUCCCACGACCAAAAGGCAGGGUUAUGGAUCCUGGCGACUCAACCACUAGGGAUGCAGCAGAUGAUUGUCAAAGACUUCCCCGUCUUCCGCACAAGGCACAGAUCGACUCCGAUUUGAAAGAGGACCUGGAUUCACUUGAUGAGGAUGAAAAUUAUAUUAUUGCCAGGCUGAAUGAUCUAAUGGGAAGGCUCGAGACUCUACUUGACGUGGAUCCUAUUUAUUUUGUGCUUUUAGCAAUCAUGAUUGUUGUUGCUAUUCCUGCAGUGGCUUCCUGUUAUUACAUUCUACAAGACUGAUAGAGAGACACUUCCCUUUCCAAGAAAGAAGCCGUGUAUUGUCUGAGAAUUUCAUUUUCAGAUGUCGUACUUUAAGAAAGACGGAAAAAAAAAUGAUGCUGCUAGUCAUCGAAAGAUCUCAUUAUGCAUAGAGAUCUCACAUUACUAAUAAAUUUUAUCGAUGACAAUAAGAAAAGAAAUUUAUUUAUAGUUCUCAUUAUGCAAGUGGCAGUUUGAUCUCAACCUUGUGUUUCCG